UAUAAUGGAGGUCCAAAUCAACGUAAUUGACCGUAACAUCCCGACCAAUGUUCUUGACGACCUGUGCAGCCGGUUUAUUAUAAACGUACCGGAAGAGGAGAGGAACGACUUAAUAAGGCUUUGUUUUCAGAUAGAAUUAGCGCAUUGGUUUUAUAUAGAUUUCUACUGUAAAAGCGCUAAAAAGACUAUAGGGAUCAAAGAGUUUGCACACAGUAUCUUCCAGCACAUACCCUCGUUGCAUCAAUACUUGCACAAUGUCGACAAGAUAAUCGAUGAGUGGAAAGAGUACAAAUAUCUGGUUCCUACAUUUGGUGCCAUAUUAUUAAAUGAAGACUUGUCAUAUGUUUUGUUAGUACAGAGUUAUUAUUCGAGAUCUUCUUGGGGAUUUCCAAAGGGGAAAGUGAAUAAGGACGAACCACCGUGGGGAUGUGCCAUUCGUGAAGUGUACGAAGAGACUGGCUUUAAUAUCAGAGAUAUGAUAGAUCCUAAUGAGUAUUUGGACGCUAGAGUCAAUGAACAACUCGUUCGUCUUUAUAUAAUUCCCGGUGUUAGUAAGAAUGCUAAAUUUCAACCCAUGACUAGAAACGAGAUCAAAUCGGUUGAGUGGUUCCCACUGGCUGAUCUUCCAGUUACCAAAAAGGAUGUGGGCUAUAGGGUCAAAGGCCCGGGGAACGAAUCGUUUUACAUGGUCGGACCGUUUGUCAGAAGAUUGCGACAAUGGAUUUAUGAACGUCAAAACAAACCUAUAAGAAGGCCGAGGAGGGCGAGGCACAACUCUUGUAGUGAUAUUGACCAUCUCGGCCAUAAGGACUACCCCUCGACAAAAUUCUUGAAGAAUAUAAAAGAAAUAAAAAAUAAGACGAUGUCCGAGUUGGGAGUUAGUGCAUUCAUGGCUUUAUCUCAAGACGUAGACGAAGACAACGACACAUCACCGAAUGAAGAAGAUGUAAGAAACAUUUCCCCAGAAGCCAAAGUUUGUGAUAGUAGACCUUUACACUGCUUCAUUCAGCCAAAUAAACAAAUACAAAAUAAUAGUUCGGAUAUGGAAAAAUUGUUAUUGAUGUUUCCCAAGCUGUCUCUGAGUGAAAAAAAGGUAAAUGAGAAAGACCAAAGAUAUACAGACAGGAGUUCUUUCGAUAUUGUAGAUGUUAAGGAUAAACCAAAAUCUAUUGAGUUAGCCAGUUUCCUGAAAGCUUUAGAACAGAGCCAAAGGAGUAGCUCAGGUCAACCUUUAAACAUGGCCUUGGCUACAGCCGACAAAAUUGGCCGAGGGCACAAACUGAGACGAGUCAAGAGAAAAAUAGAAUUUGAUUCUUUAGCCGACUCCGAGUAUCAUCUCGUUCCAAUAAACGAAAAUGAAAAAGUUUCAGAUAACGACCUAAAAUUGGGAAAUGACACUGAUGGAAAAAUUCAAUUGAAAUUUAAUGAAAUAACAUUGAGUGAGUCAAUUAAAAACAAUGGUAUUUCGCAUUGGUGCAAUUUUAAAUUUGAUCUUCAGUCAAUUCUCAAAUGCAUAGAUGAGGUUAAAGCAUAAUUCAAUAGUAAUCUGUGCUUUCGACUUCAACUGAUCUCAAAUAUUUGUAUCUUUUCGGACCACAAGGUUUUAUUUAGACUACAUUUUAAAAUUACAGUAAUGUAAAUGUGG